UUUAAUGGUUCGAAGGAUGUCUCGGCAGGUGAGCUUGGGAGGAAAUAAUAUCAUUUCCGUUCUCAAAAUCAUAACAGUACUUCGCGUGCCCUAGCUCACUCCGUCGCUCCUCACCCUUCCGGCAGUGCUUGGUCGUGGCCGUCACGGUUCAAACUUCAAAAGUUAUAAUUGGUUCAGCUUGAUCAGGAAGGAGGGUCAUCUGCAGUUCAAAAGGUGUGAAAGCAAAGAAGAUGCAGCAUAGAAAAUUGACUUCUGGAAGGCCUUCUGGAACUGAUGGCUCUGAUUACUCCUACCGUAUGGUAGUUGAUUCAAGGUAUCAACUGGUUGCAAAGGGGAAGAAAUACCUGUCUCUGCACUUUAUCACUGAGGCUGUGUUGCUGUUAAUAGGAGCAACACUUGCAUAUUUACCAGGAAUAGAAGCAGAUGCUCCAAAUACAGUUGCCUAUUCAUCUGUUAUUGUUAGUGUUGUUUCACUAAUAAUUGGGAAUAUAGGUCGAAGACGAAGCCGGUCCGGUUUGUUGAGAUUUUAUGCUGUUGUAUCAUCUAUAGUGAUGCUACUCUUGAUUGCUUCUCUUGCCACGCAGCAUUUGCUUCUGAAGGCUAUCCAGGAUUCUAAACUUUGGAGAACAGGGAAGUAUGAUGUCAAUGAUUUAUCGCAUUUUCAAAUUGGUUUGCUGUUAUACAUGGUAACCUUAUCCGUGCUUAAGCUUUGUACCGUCAAAGCAGUUGCUUUCCUUCUCUUUAACAUGGUGCCCCCCAAGAAAACCUCUUAGCUCCUCAUCGGUUUUUUGGUCCAAAUCCAAAUUUAUUUUCUCAUUCAUCUAUUUACAACAGAUUGAUCUAUAUCCAUGACUAUCUUCUAUGAAGGAGAUAUUUUGAGGGAAACUCAGAUUUUACCUACAAAACAUUUUGAAGACAUUUGUUAAUUAUAGGUUUUUGUUGUUGUUUUGUUAUUGUUUUUGUGUUUCUUUUGAGUUCUAGUCUAGGGAGGAUCUAUUGAACCGUCACCAUAUAAACAAAACGUAGUGUUGAGGAGAUAAUAUUUCACCCUAUUCCGGUA